GAUACCCGAGCUGAUCAGAGACCCUCAAGACCAGCAGACCUGAGAGCAAACCUUUGUGCUCUUUCCUCUCAGAGAACUGAUCCAGGAUUUUGCUCUGAAGCGCCUUUGAAGCGCGCGAGAGGAGGAACAUCCGGUUUGGUUGUAUAUUGAGCAUGUUUGUGAAAUGAUCAGAUGUUCGGCAGACAGCAGAGAUCAUUCUUUUAGGAUCUUAUUUAUGAGAUUUAACUUGUUAUUGAUCCGGGGGUGGAGAGCGGAUCUCUGUGAAUCCAAGGAUUCCGGACGCAGGAUCUGCAGCAUCUGCAGGACUCUGGAAGAUUUAUUUGGAGCUAAAGGGGUUUAAAGGGUUUUUCAAAGGAUCUGGAGGACUCUGCAUGAUUCUGCAGGAUCUCUGUCUUGGAGUUUGGGACCGAUGGAGUGGAGGAAAGCGUCUCCUCUGCAGCUGCUGAUCGUCUCUCUGCUGUCGGUGCCAGUCUGCGGGUUUCCAGCCAACAUCCAGAGGAACUCCACAGAGUCUGAUCCUCAGGUGACAGCAGGAUAUCAUCACAGUGACCAUUUCCAGACCCUCCAGGAACUUCAGCAGGAGAAUCUACUGCAGACUCUGCCUUCUGGUCCACCUUCUCCAAGGUUCACACACGGCUGGUCCCUGCACCAUCAGCAGGGUGUCCUCCCCCCACCUGACCUCAAAGAAGACCCUGAACCCUUCAUCCUCGACCUGAGAAACUUCCCAGAGCUGGCAAACUCAGAUGUGGGCUCUCAGAACCCCAACAUCCAGGUGUCCAUCGAAGUGGUGGAGGACUCUCAGACCGAGGUGGAGAUGGAUCUAGCCAAAGAGAACCAGCGCAAUGACUGGUCUGAGUGGGCCAGCAGCCACAGGAAGCUGUUCUGGCCUCUGUUCUGGGAUUACCCGGAUCAGCUGGAGAAUAGCAGAGCCGGUCUGGAGGACUACAACUACAACCCUGAAGAGCCUGUCCUGAGCGGGUUGGGGGGUGACUGGGGGGGUCACUGGAACAAAGACUGGGAUUCAAACUACGAGUUUGAAGAGGACUGGAGUGACUGGGCUCCCUGCAGCGCCACCUGUGGACAAGGCACUCAGAAGCGCACUCGUUCCUGUGGCUAUGCCUGCAUUGCAACCGAGUCGCGAUCAUGUGACCAGAAGAUCUGCACAGACUCUGUUCUGUCAGUGACUGAACACCAGAACGUCAGGAUGACCAACAGCUCUGACUCUCUGCAAACACACGUUGACAGCUGUGAGAAGUGGCUGAGCUGUAAAAACGACUUCCUCCAGAAAUACCUGCACCAGGUCCUGACUGAAUUACCCAGCUGCCCCUGCUCUUACCCGACAGAGGCUGUGUACAGCACAGUCAACAUCGCCGACGCCAACCUGAGGAAGUCUUACCGCUGGAGAGAUGCUAGUGGACCCAAAGAACGCCUUGACAUCUACAAACCUUCCGCUCAGUUCUGCAUCCGCUCCAUGCUGUCGUACCACAGCACCACGCUCGCCGCCCAGCACUGCUGCUAUGACGACCACAUGAGACUAAUCACAAGGGGCAAAGGAGCCGGAGCCCCCGACCUGAUCAGCACUGAGUUCUCACCUGAACUGCACUACAAGGUGGACGUCCUGCCUUGGAUCCUCUGCAAGGGAGACUGGUCACUGUUCCACUCCAAAAGACCCCCUAACAAUGGACUGGGCUGCCAGGACAACCCUCCUGAUCCAGAGUUUCACACUGAACUACGAGAGGCCAGAGAGUAUUGAUGUGCAAGAGGGGGAUAUGGGGGUGGGGGCAAAGAGUUGGGCAGCAGAUGAACAAACGGGCGGACUUGACCCUAUUCGCUCCGUCAGACUUGACCAAACUUUCAGAGUCCAGACAGUAAAUAUUUACCUGCCAGACCUCCUGCUGCUUAAGUAUGGCUUACCUGUUUAUUCAUUUCUCAGUUUAUUUCUGCAUCUCUGGAGAACAACAGAAUGUAUCAGUGAAACACAAUGUGCAUCUUAACUGAAGAUUUAUUAAAGAUUAAGCUUGGAACACAAGAUAGCACACACACGUCAUGAGACACACGUCAGACAGCUGUCCUCUGUUUAUGAAAUGUGUAUAUACUGUAUGUUUAUUAAAUUUAACUUUGUGAUUGUUUGUUAAUUGUGUGUUUGUCUGUGUAUGUCUGUGUGUGAAGAGUGUCUUUAUUUAUUGGCCUCUGAACUUUUUGAAUCACAUUUAUUUACUGUAAAGUGUUUAAAGUUUUCUUUUGCUGUAAACUGCAUUUUGAUCCUUUUCACCAUCAAAGCCUGCCUCAACGGUCAAGGCAAAUAUGAAAAGGACUUAUAAGUUGACGGUAAAUUGUUAUUUAUUGUUAAUAAAAUAAUCAAUAAAGAAAUAACUGCAA